AUGCAUGUUUAUGAGCGCUUUCUAGAGGUUUAUCGCCUGCGCUUAUACUCAGUCUGGCCAAUUGUCACAUAUGAUGAACUCGUCAAAACCCUAAGGAACAAUCCAGAAGACUAUGAGUCGUAUUCGCUCGCUGCAGCUCUGUGCGCAGCUGUCAUUGCUCAAUUGCGGCUGCCUCAGCAUUCUGUAUCUGUCACUUGCUCCUCGUCUGAUUUGGUGGCAGAAGCUCAGAGGCUCAGACUACUUUUUGAGUACCAAGAACAGUACUCAAUGUCGUCUCUCCUGACCUCAUUCUUCCUCCAUAUCUACUAUGCAAAUGCUGACAAGCUCCGCACGGCCGGAUUUUAUCUGCGAGAAACCCUCACCUACGCCCAUGGUCUCAAGUUACAUCAGCUUGACAGCUAUGCUGGCAUAAAUCUCGACGAAUAUCAGUUAAGAUUGCGAGUCUACUGGAUCUUGUUUAUCUCCGAAAGAACGUAUUGCGUCCAGAAUGGCCUGCCGACUACACUGAAGCCGAUCAACGAGUUCCCGAGUACCGACCCAAUACAAGGAUAUGACGGCGCUCCCCUGCCAGCGUUCAUUGCUCUAAUACGAUUAUUCACCUUUCUUGAUGGCGAGAUCCUCGAACCCAUCCCCUCGUCCACACCUCUCGCGAUUGAGGGCAGUCCGAAGGGCAAAAUAUCAACACUGCAGAAUGAUCUCAGUCUUCUCCUUCUUAGUGAAGAGCUAGAUGAGUCGCAGAGGGUGGACAUAUUGGCCACCCGGAAUUGGAUCCGAAUACUGCUGUGGCAAUACACAAUCGGCCACUUUGUGGUGUCAUGUCAUGCCGAGGAUCAGGCCUUCUCAGCGUUACUCCCAACGAAGAUUGCACGGGACAUGCUGGCCGUGCUUGAAAGGGUGUCCUGGAAAUCUAUUCAACCUCAUGGAUAUGGCAUGGUUAGUGGUCUCAAGAAGUUCUUCUGUCCGGAAUAUAACGUCCUGCAGGAACUCAAAAUAUUCCGCAUAGCAGAUUCUUUAUUGGACGUCCUCCUUUGCGCACCUCCCUCAUUUGAGACGCGAGCCCUCUUGAUGGAUUCAAGGCAGGCGUUACAUCUCCUCGAGAAAGUUCUUGUUGACGUUGGAGGUACUGAAUCGCAUUUCCUGGCUAUACUGCGGAAGCGGAUGGUCGGAUCACAACUCCCUGUCCCACACACUUUACGGAAUGACCUGCAAAUAUCACGGUCUUUCGAAGCUGAUAACAGAGGGAAGAAGUCUACGAAUGGUUCGGUCCCUCUUAUCAAUGAAGAGUCAUUUAUCUGA